GCGACGGCCGCGGCCUCUCCUUCGAGUCUCUGUCUGACUGUGGCCUUGAGGCUGAAUAGUGCUACUUCUGCGGCUUGGUCUAUUAAGGAUUGAUCCUCUUCGAACGUUCUGUCGACUCCCAACUUCUUCAGUCCCCACCUCGUCACCAAUGAAGUCAAAGCGAGACGCGUCAAGGGAGCUGUAAUAUUCGUCCGGAACUUUACCGACCGGCUGGUUCUAAUUCUGGUCCUCGCACUCCCUGAGAAGGACUGAGAGCGUAUAAAUGACUCAGGCUUGAUGGGCCAGUGUCCUCAAAGAUGUCUUCAACUGCAACAACCGAAACCCACUCAUCCAUUUUCCGUCUUGUCGGCAACAGCGUCAGUGGCAAGGGCGGUGCCCCGGAUGUCUCGUUCCAGUUCGCACCCAUCGAGGAGGCGCAAGUGUCCCGAGCAAUGAUCAAGCGCUACUUCGACAGCAUGUACGACAGAGCUGUUUCUGACGUCGUGAUCGUUGGGGCUGGCAGUGCAGGACUGUCCUGCGCAUACACUCUCGGCACUCAGCGCCCUGACCUUAAAAUCACCAUCAUCGAAGCCAAUGUCGCACCUGGGGGUGGAGCCUGGCUUGGCGGGCAGUUGAUGAGCGCCAUGGUCAUUCGAAAGCCGGCGGACAGCUUCCUGCGGGAGAUCGGAGUCCCGUUCGAGGACGAAGGGUCGUUCGUCGUGGUGAAGCACGCCGCGCUGUUCACGGCGACGCUGCUCUCCAAAGUCCUCGCGCUCCCCAACGUCGUUCUUUUCAACGCCACGGCCGUCGAGGAUCUGAUGACCAGCACGGACUUCGAAGGCCAUGCGCGAGUGACCGGUGUCGUAACCAACUGGACACUAGUUGCCCUCAACCACGAUACUCAAUCGUGCAUGGACCCGGCCACGAUCACUGCGCCAGUUGUGGUGAGCACGACGGGCCACGACGGGCCGAUGGGCGCGUUUUCGGCGAAACGGCUCGUGAGCAUGGGUCUCAACAAAGAGCUCGGCAAUAUGCGCGGGCUCAACAUGAACGAGUCGGAACCGGCCAUAGUCAACGGAACUCGGCAAGUGAUCCCAGGCUUGAUCAUGGCUGGCAUGGAGCUGGCAGAACACGACGGCUCGAAUCGCAUGGGCCCCACAUUUGGUGGAAUGAUCGAGAGUGGCAGGAAAGCAGCAGCAGAGGCGCAAAGCAUCUUCGACAAGUCCGAGAUCGCAGGCGGCAAGGUGCUCGGAAUAAAAACCUCGUAAAACACACAUACACACCCGAAUUGCUUCUCGAAUCACGCUCGUAUUCCAGUACAACAAGUACACGAGUCAAGUACAGGUUACAGAAUAAAUAUCAAUAUAUAACAGCACGAGAUGGCUUAUGCACUGGCGCUGGCGACAAAGAUGUUGUAGUUGAAUGUCUGGGGGGCACCGUCGAAUGUGAAGGUGCUCGGCGCCACAUUCAGCGCCACAGCAGUCUGUCCGUUCCGGUCCACUGUACCCGACAGUGUACCACCAGGUGUGAUGGGGAUAGACAGCUUGUUGACACCGGCAACAACCGGGAACGUCUGCGAGUUCGUCGGCGAAGUCGUCAAGGUCACAGUCCCGGGCGCAGUGGCCAUCACAAGCGCCCACACAUUGUCCUGGGUCAGUUGGAAGGUCGUCGGCGGCCCGACUGGAUCGGGGGCCUGAGCCUGCGCCGGAUGAGGGCGCGACCACAUGAAAAUUUCAUCCUUAUCGAUCGUUGGGGCCGUGCCAGUCUUG